AUGGGGACAAGAAACCAGACCAGCGGCUCCACAUUCACACUCCAAAGCAUCACCAACGCUGAGCAGCAGCGGCUCCUCUUUGUGCUCUUUCUGGGUCUGUACCUGGUCACCGUGGUAGGCAACCUGCUCAUAGUCCUGACCAUCCGGACAGACUCCCGCCUCCACUCCCCCAUGUACUUCUUCCUCGCCAACCUGUCUCUGGUAGACAUAUGCUUCUCCUGUACCACUGUGCCUAGCCUGCUGGGGACGCUCUUCACUGGACACCAGGACAUUUCUUACGGUGGCUGCCUGGCCCAGAUGUAUUUCUUCAUUGCCUUUGGGAUCACUGAGAGCUGCCUCCUGGCUGCGAUGGCCUAUGAUCGCUACUUGGCCAUCUGCAACCCGCUGCUUUACUCAGUGGUCAUGAGCCCUCAGCGUUGUGUCCUGCUGGUGGUCACCUGCUGGCUGGUCUCUCACCUCCACUCCCUGCUGCACACCCUCCUGAUGACCCAGAUGACCUUCUGUGCCUCCCGUGAAAUUCCUCUCUUCUUCUGUGAUGUCUUCCCCCUGCUGAAGAUCUCCUGCUCUGAUCCCCACAUCAACUUCCUUGUGGUGUACACAGAAGGGGCUGUCAUAGUCAACAGUGCCCUUCUGAUGGUCCUGGCCUCCUACGCCCAUAUUGUCCCCGCUGUUCUGCGGGUGCCCUCGGCCCAUGGGAAGCGCAAGGCCUUCUCCACUUGCAGCUCCCACCUGGCUGCAGUCGGGCUCUUCUAUGGCACAGUCAUCUGGGUCUACUUCCAGCCAUCAUCCAGCUUCUCCUCUGAGCGAGACACCAUAGCCACAGUCAUUUACACAACCAUCACCCCACUCCUGAACCCCUUUAUCUACAGCCUGCGUAACAGAGACCUACACCGGGCCCUGCACUCCUGGCCCUGUGCAGAGGGAAGGAUGCAUCUCUUCAGCACAAAUCAUGGCAGCCCCCAGGGGUCGACCUACACUCUCUAUAUCUCAAUGGUCUGGGUCAGUGUUGUAGACAGUCCGACUGUGAUGGUCCUGACCAUCUUCAACAUCCACACCCUGGGGCAUCUCUUCCUCUGCACUUUAAGGCACUGA